UGUCUCAGUGCCUGCAAAGCAUGACGAUCGAAUGCGUAUCGUCUUUUUCGUGAAUUAAAAAAAAAAACAAACAAUUUUUGCUAACUGAUCUAGUUCAACAUUACCUUGUGUUUCCCGUAAAAAGACAAAAAUCAAAUAAAAAAAUGAGUUCAGUGACACUUUUAUUGAAAUCAAUCGUCUCGUACGUGCUAAUUUUGUUCUACAACCUGCAAGUUCUCUUCGGGCUCGGACUUUUGUUCAUCUUCAAAAACAAAUCGGAAUUCUGGGAGCCCAAACCGAGACCUGACCCUCCAAAAAAUUUAACUGACAAGGAGCAUGGCGACCACAAAUUCAUCGAAGUUAACGGCAUCCGGCUUCAUUACGUGGAAAAGGGCGACAAAUCCAAACCUUUGAUGCUCUUCGUGCACGGAUUUCCCGAAUUUUGGUACAGCUGGCGACAUCAACUCAAAGAAUUCAGCAAGGAUUAUUGGUGCAUCGCUCUCGAUAUGCGCGGCUACAACGAAUCCGACAAACCAAAAGGCAUCGAAAAUUACUCAAUCGACUGCAUGACAAGCGACAUUCGAGAAGUUGUGCGAAAACUCGAUCGGGAAAAAUUUAUUUUGGUCUGUCACGAUUGGGGAAGCGUCAUCGGAUGGCAUUACGUUACCAAGCACAUGGAUACCAUCGAAAAGUACAUUUGCAUGGGAGCACCAAGUUUGCCUGUGAUAAAUCGCAUGAUUCACUCGUCAUGGAAACAAUUUCGAAUGUCAUGGUACGUUUUCUUCUUCCAAAUGCCUUGGUUACCGGAAACCUCGGUGCGACUCUUUGACAUGAAGUCACUCGAUUUUAUCGGGCACAACAGCACAGAAGUCACGAAAGACGACAUCGAAGUGUACAAACAUGUUUUUGGCAAGGAAGGAGCUUUGACAGGCCCAAUAAAUUAUUAUCGAGCGAAUUUCUCGUUCAACAAGGAAUUUGACAUACCAAAGCCCGACAAAUUCGCACCCGGAUUGUACUUAUUGGGAGAGCACGAUUUGUACAUUAGCAAAGGAUCGGGACCGUUACUUCAGAAAGAAUUUAAAAAUUUAGAAUUUAAAGUCGUUGCGAAGGCGAAUCACUUUUGCCAACAAGACAAACCGAAGGAAGUCAAUGAAAUGAUGCGAGAAUUUUUGUCGCAAAAGUAUUAAAUUUGUGUAUUUUGUAGAUUUUCGUGAAAAUUUUUGUUAAAAAUUAAAAUUUCUUGUUUUGUAACGUAAAUUGAAUUUAAAUUUUAAGUGAGUUCAUUCAAGAAAAUUCAUUCUUAUAAGAAAUUUCGUUGAUUAAAAGACAAAAAUUAUUUUUGUAA